AUGGCCAAAAGCAAGCUGCCUCGCUCCACGCCAGCAGCGCGCGGCGCAGCUGUGCCACCAUCCAAACUCGCAGCCGCUGCUCAGCAUCAACAGCAACCACAGCCACCUCUACCAACACCGCCAUCUUCCAUGCAGCAGCAGCAAUCGCAGCAAAACAAGGCUCCCGUCGCCGGCGCAUCCACGCCACCGCGUUCCGCCUCACCCGCCUCCAACCACGACGCAGACUCUGCCGCGCUUUCCUCAGCCAAGAAGAAAAAGAAAAAGUCCAAGUCCAAAGCCAAGGACGCCGACUUUAUCGAUGAUCACGAGUACGAUCUUCAAUCCGCUGCCGAUCUUGGUCAGCGUCCCCGCUCGCCUGGUUCGAUCAAGGCGCGGACGCAGGCGCAGGCACAGGCGCAGCUUUUGGCAGCCGCAAGCGAGCUUUAUCGAAGGAUCGAAGGAGACGCGCAAGGCAUCCCAGACGACGAUGCCUACUGGACCUCGCUGCCUGCUCAUCUGAGAACGUUCAUUCGAAACGCCCUUCCCCUUGGCCAGUUCCCUCCAGCAGCGCAGGCGGCACUCAACGAGAACGCCAAUGAUCCGGCCAAUCGCCACGCUUCCACCCAAGCCAUGAUUGCGGUAGCUCAGCAAUUGGCGCAAGCGGCGCACGCAUCCCAACGUCACCUUCAGCAAUAUCCGCCUGGCACUCAUCCCUACCCGCCACUGCCUUUCGACGCCUCGAUCUUUGCCGACCUCGCUCUGCAUCCCGACCAGGCACUGCCUCUCCACCCUCACCCCAACGCCGCCACCAACGCGCACACCAACGGCACGUACGCCCAGUACUCGUCCAGUCCCAACCCGCCUCCGACGCAACCACCAGUGGAGCCGUUGCCCCCUCCCGUGGUGCUCUACGACAAUUUUGACGAUGAAAUUGACAGAUUCGAGGAUGAUGGUGACGAUGGCCAGUAUUACGAUGACGGCGAGCUCGAUGAAGACGACGAGGUGCUCGAUGCCCAAGGCGGUCUUCUUCGCGCUCGCGAACGCGUAUGGAUGCAGGAUGGCGCAGACCAUGCCCUCGGGCCCAACGGUCUGGUCGCCCUCCCGGAUGGCGUGCGUUCAGCGAGCAAAAACAAGAAGAAGAAAAAGAAGAAGAAGGGUGCAUCUGGAGGCGCAACCGGCCACGGCGACGACGAAGCUCACGAAAUCGAAGUCGAGGUUCCCCCUCCGCCCAAGCCCGUUGCCAACCAUCCGCCCCCCUCGACUAACGUCUCUUCGGUCGCUCGCAAUUCCAACCCUCCACCGCCUAGCUCGCGGGCCGCUGGUAAACAGCCCAUGACCUUCACCUCGACAGGCAAAACGCCAGCUCGACCCGCCAACGGCGGCGUGCCGCCUUCGUCCAACUCGGGCAAGCGUUCGGUCUCGUCCUCAACGCACGGACAGCAGCCCGCUGCCAAUGCCGUGACUACCAACGCCAAAAUCUGGUCCACCAGCUCAGCAGAGGAGCGCGAACGUAUCAAGGAGUUUUGGCUUGGCCUCUCUAUGAAGGACAGGCAGAAGCUCGUCCAAGUGGAAAAGGAGACAGUGCUCAGAAAGAUGAAGGAGCAGCAAAAGUUCCUGUGCAGCUGCGCCGUCUGUGGUCGCAAGCGCUCCGCCAUCGAGGAAGAGCUUGAGGUCCUGUACGACGCCUACUACGACGAGCUCGAAGAGUACGCCAACCACCAACAGCGAUGGGCCAGCAGCGGCGGCACCAUUCCCCCGCCGCCCGGUCCGGGACCUUUCCCUGGCAGCGUCGCGCUCGAUGCUUCCGGUGCCGUGAUCGGUGGUGAUCCCUUGUCUCGUAACAGGGCAGCCCACGGCGGUCGCGACGCGAGGCACACGCACACGCAUCCUCACCCUCACCCACACGGACGAAAGGCGCCUCUGCAUCCCGAGUCUUCGGACGGUUACGAUGAUGACGAGCUGGACGACGAUGCCGAGUACGACGACGAGGAUGACGAUGCCGAGUACGAUGACGAAGAGGAGGAGGACGACAUUGAGCUUGAAAAGGAACGUGCCCGGGAGGACUACGACAAGCGCCACCCGGCUCCUCCUGCGCGACGACGCGGCACCAGCGAUUCGAACGACCUCUUUGGCCUUGGCAGUAGCCUCACUGUCAAGGGUGGCAUCCUCACUGUCGCCGACGACAUGCUCAAGAACGACGGCCGCAAGUUCCUCGAAAUGAUGGAGCAGCUCGCCGAGCGAAGAAUGCACCGCGAGGAGCUCACCAGUGCUGAGCUCGCUGCCAGCGAUGACGAGGACGACGCCGACGGCCCUGACGACGUCGAUGAUGAGGACAUUGACGAAGAGGAGGACGACGAGGAAGAUGACAUUCUCACCGAAGAGCAGCGCAUGGAGGAAGGUCGCAAGAUGUUCCAGAUCUUUGCGGCCCGCAUGUUCGAGCAGCGAGUGCUCGCGGCGUACCGAGAACGCGUUGCUCAGGAACGCCAGCUGCAGCUGCUCCGCGAGCUCGAGGAGGAGGACGACAACGAAAAGGCCAAGGAGGCUCGUCGCGUCAAAGAGUCGCAAAAGAAGAAGGACAAGAAGAAGGCACAGCGUGAAGCGAAAGAGGCGGAGAAAAUGCGAAAGGACCAGGAGCGUGCUGCCAUCGAAGCCGAGGAACGCGCCAAGCAACAGGCGCAGCGCGACGCCGAGCUCAAGAAGCAAGAGGAGAUCCGCCUCAAGCGCGAAGCUGAGCGAAAGGCGCGCGAAGACGAAAAGGCCAAGAAGGACGAGGAGCGUCGCCGACGUCAAGCCGAGGAGCGCGAGCGGCAGCUCGAUGUCGAACGUAAGCGCCGUGAGAAGGAAGACAAGCUUCGACAGGAACGUGAGGCCCAAGAGAAGGCCAAACGCGACCGCGAAGAGGCUCAACGCAAAGCCAAGGAGGAGCAGCAGCGAGCGGCACGCGAAAAGGCCGAGAAGGAAGCCAAAGCCAAGGAGGAGCAGACACGCAAGGUCGAGGCUCCCAACAAGGCUCAACGUGAGGCCAAGCCGGCAGCUGUCUCGCAAGCUCGCGGGGCCUCUUCUGCUCAAGCCGCCCCCGGCUCGCCCUCGACAGGUCCCAAGGCCGGAACCGGCAAGAUUGCCAAUGCGUCCGCUCCUGGCACGCCUGCGCGCGGCGCCAAGAAUAGCUCGAUACCGGGCUCGCCUGCAGUUGGAACAGAUCAAGCUCAAGCGCGUGGUGGCAAUCACCAACGCUCUGCCGUCGGCACCAAGCACGCGGCCCAGGGCACAGGUCUGUAUGCAGCUUCCGGCACCGCUGGUGCUGCUGCUGCUGCAUCGUCUGCGAGCUCAGGAGGAUCUUCCGUCACCCCUGGAGGAUCGACGCUGCCCGCUCCGCCACAAGGCUUGCCUCCUCGCCCCGCCACGGCUGUCUCGACGCCUGGCGGUUUGUCAUCGCAAAGUUCGUCGCUCUCGGUAGCUGCCAAUGCUGGACUUCCUCGUCCGCCCGUCAACGUCGCCGCCGGCAGUGCCCCCUCAUCGGCCGUUCCGCCAUCGCUCGGGUUUGGAUCCAUUGGCCCCAAUGCCACCGCCAAUGUGCCGAUUGCACCGUCCAAGGCACCUGGCUCCAGCAUCUCGCCCAAGCCGACUCAACCUUAUGCGCAGGGCCAAGACAAGCAACCCUCGCAAGCAGAUUUCAGCUCACCCCAAGCCGCAAUCGGAGCCGCGUACGGUCAGCAGCAGCCAGGACUCGAGGGGCUUCGAUCGCCUACCAUCCCGAAUGGAUUGCAACAGAGCAGCAGCGUUUUCGCCGGCAACGGCGGCAUAGGCUCGAGCCUGCAAUCGCCAAGUCUCAACACACCCGGCUUGGGCGGCAUGACGAACAAUCUCGCUUCCUUGAACCUGAACGCUGCUCCACUCUCUUCCUCGGCGCUUAACCUCGGCAACCCGCUGGUUGGCAGCAAGGCACCCAUUCCUGGUAUGGAGUCGAACACACUCAUAGGUCACGGCGUUUCGCAUAUGCAGAGCCCUACGCAGACCCCCUUCUCGCCCAUGAGUGGAAGCGGUUCUGCAGAGGCAAUGCGCAGCCGCACCGCUUCGUUUGCCGACGCGGAUCCCAUGUCCUUUGCAGGCAUCCGGCCUGGCUCGUCGCUUUCGCAGCGCGUUCCCGCAUACCGUUCUGGGGCGCCGACGCCCAUCGGUCCGAUUGGCCGACCCAAGGUGAUGGAUUCAAUUCAGCAUCACGUGCACGAUGAUCACGCCGGGGCCAUCGGCAACGGUAGAUCCUCGAGCAGCGCCAGUGGAUCUGGAGCCACGAGUCCCCGACUUCCGGAAGGUAUCCUUGGCAGCUCAGCGCUGGGAGGUGAUGACGAUAUUAUUGAUCCCAAGCCUCGCAGGGUCAGCCACACGAUUCCGAUCGGCGGAGGAGCUACGGGAAGCAACAUGGGUGGUGCAGGAUCCUUCUUUGGCGGCGGUGGCAUGGGCAGUUCUGGCGCAGUAGGUGGUGGCUUUGGUGUGAGCUCGUCUUCGCCGUGGAGCUCCUUCUCCGGCAACAGUCAGACUGCGCCUGGUCCGCUCUCUCCAGGAUUCAACAACGGUGGUGGCGGACCUGGCUCCCUCGGGACCAGCCUCGCGUCUAGCAACUUUGGUUUGAACCAGAAUGCUGGCGCAUCCAAUCCACCGGGCUUGUCGAGCGGAGCUCAGGCGGAUCCAUGGGCUCGCAUGUCGACCAACUCUUGGGACCGUGCCCGCUAUGCUUUUGAGCAGCCGGGCGGCGGUAGCAAUGUCGGCGCUGGAGCCAACGGUGGAGGCGCGUCGGGUCUUGGAGGAGCGGGAGGAGGCAUGGGUGGCUCGCACCCUGCACACACGCUUGGAAAUCACUCGGGACAUCUCCACCAUCCGAUCGGACUUGGCGCAGGCCAGGGCAGUGGCAACGGCCAUGGUAAUGGCUUGAGCCCGUUCAACCUGGGUGCGCCUGGCAGCGGGUCGAGAAAUUACUUUGGUGCUCCGGGCAGCAACGUGUUGCACCCUGGAGCGAUCGGGUCUGCGCUUUCGCCUACUUCGCCUGGUGCGCGCCACAUCAGCGGUAGUCACGAGUAG